CUUUUAAUUUCUUUUAGAUUGAUCUCUCAAUUACUAUAAUGAGCAUUUUUUCAAUAUAUAAAGUCCUGAGAUUUAUCUCAGACAAUAACUCACGAGAACACUACAAUUCAAGAUGUUUCUAGUCGGAGUUUUGUUUUUGGCAGCUAGCGCACUGGCGCAACCUACUCUUUACGUUGCACGUGGUACUUGGUGGGACCCCUUUUCCUUAAUUCCGUUUCGUAGUAGUCCAGAGAUAGCAAUUAUUAAAUAUAAAGAGGCAAAAGAAGUACUCGUGAAGGACACGGAAGUGAUCCCCGAGGGUCCUGUACUGGAUCCACUUCCAAUGCUCGAUUCAGUUGUACUAGAAAAAGAGGACAUUAAAGAAGAAUCCGAGGAAAAGAAAGAUAGAGAAGAGAUUGAACAUGAAAGUAUUGAAGAACUUAGGGAGGAAGUGCUUAAAGAGGAGGCUCCAAAGAAAGAGGAAUCUGAAGAAGAUAAAAAAGUUUUGGUGAAAUUGGUUCCUCCGCCUCUUAAGCUGAUUAGGCUAGCACCGAAUUACUACGAUUUCUUAUAAAUAUUAU